AUGAACUUUACUUCCCCACUCAAGUCAAAUAAAGCCAAUAAUCUGUUUGAAAGCCCUUCUUGCUAUAUGUCUCCAUCCGCUUUUGAUAAAAAGGGCGAUUAAAAUACAAAUACUUUAAAUGUAAUUAAUGCACCAUUCUGCAACUCAAUUCAGUAAAAUAAGAGUCCUCAAAAUUCUUAGUUCAAAACCCCUACAAAGUACUCUGAUCGCUUUAUUCCCGCAAGAACAGAUUCUAUUAGUAAAACUCUGUUCGAUUUAAAAGAUGAAAUGAUUGUAGAAGAAUAACCUGCAAAUAGAAUGCUUACAGAGUCUCCUUUUCUUUUUUAAGGAUCAAGAUAAUCUCAUGCAAAUAAUUCAAAUAGUUAGAGCACAACCAUCAAUGGAUUUUCUAAUGGACAUACUCUAAAUUCUUCUCAAUAAUUGACAACCCCAAGUAAAAAAGUCAACUUCUUAAGUUAGUAAGAUGAAAACACUAAAUCUUAUAAUGAGUUAAUUCAAAGAGAACUUUUUGGUAAUUACGAAGGAUCUAAUAAUAAAAAGUCCUCAGAGGAACUUUAAAAAACACCCAUUCUCAAAUUUCACUGGGACUAAAAAAAUGCAACUACAUCUCCUCUUCUCAACAUUUAGCAAUCACCAUUCUAGAUUUCUACCCCAGAUGAUCGUUCAAAAGAGUAAAAACGUAAAAUAUCUAAAACACCUUUCAAAGUAUUAGAUGCUCCUUAACUCUAAGACGAUUUUUAUGUUGAUUUACUAGACUGGAGUUCACAAAAUUUGAUAGCAGUAGGAUUAGGAAAAUCUAUCUUUAUUUGGAAUGCUGCCACUGGAAGUGUAUAAAAACUCUGUGAUAGUAAAGCUUCCAACUUUGGAACUAAUAUCGAAAAUUGCUAAAACUAAUCUCAACUAUCUUAAUACACAAGCUUAAAAUGGUCACCUAACGGUAACUAAAUUGCACUCGGAAAUUACAACGGAUAAGUUGAACUUUGGGACUUAACUACCAGACAGCUUAUUUCUGAGUUCUCUGCAUAAAAAGAAAGAAUAGGAUGUAUUGAUUUCAACAACAAUAAUGUUUUUGCAGCUGGCUCUAAAGAUAAAAGCAUCCUUAUUCAAGAUAUUCGUGACCCAAAAAUUUUAAGAAUGGCUAGAGGUCAUAAAUAAGAAAUAUGUUAAGUCAAGUGGUCUCCAGAUCAACAAUAUCUUGCUUCAGGAGGUAAUGAUAACAUGGUAGCUAUAUGGGAUAUAGCUCGUUCCUAUAGCUAAAACAUAAAUGGCUUUGGUUCGAAUGAAAUUAGUCCCUACCAAAAACAUAAUGAACAUUAGGCAGCCGUAAGAGCUCUAGCAUGGAAUCCUCAUUAGUAUGGAGUAUUAUUAAGUGGAGGUGGAUCAAGAGAUUAAACUAUAAAAGUAUGGAAUAUAAAUACUAAUAGUUUACUUGGAUCUGUUGAGGUUGGUUCUUAAGUUUGUAAAUUACUAUUUUCUCCAGAUUAGAAUGAAUUUGUUUGUGCUCAUGGAUUUGAAUAUAACAAAGUAACAGUCUGGAAAUAUCCUACUAUGAGCUAAAUCGCAGAACUUGAAGGACAUUAAAGCAGAGUUCUAUUUAUGAGCAUGGCACCUGAUAAUCAGACUAUUGUUACUGGUGCUGGUGAUGAAACUCUUAAAUUCUGGAAGAUCUUUUAAGGUAGACCUGUUUCUAAAUAACAAUCAUUGCUUAAGCAUUCUGAUUUAAGGUGA